AUGGAAUCUCGACGGGUCCAGCUCGGGAGCACCAAUUUUGAUGCCUUCGGCCUUGAGCUUGGCUUCAUCAGACGUUUCCGCCUACCUAAAGAUACUACAAUACCUAUCCGACUAGUCUACGAAAGGCUUAUUGCCGUUCCACUGUCCCGGAAGCAUCUCAUGGAAGAUUUGGUAGCCGUCAACUCAAACAGCGACCUUAUUAUCAGAACCAGAGGUGGCUCUUGGCCACCGAAGGGAAUAAGCCAGGAGGAUAACUUUCUAGAUUUAGCUUGGCACGAGCGAGAAUUCAAAAGUCGCAAGUCAUUUGCAUAUGUUAUUCAUGACAACGACGAUAGUCCUGAGCUGAUAGGAUACGAUGUGGAUGUGAGCUGGUGGGUCACAGGGGAUUUCUACUCAAUGGGCUACUACAUGCUGAUGUACCGAGCUCUCAAGUCAUGGAUCCAGGAGUCCUUCCCAUUUGAGAAAUCAUAUUUCUCAAAUCAGGAGAUACCAAGCCUGUGA